UCACUAUAUAGAGAGCUCAGUGAGCUGAUCGGAGAGACACCACUCUGCCAGCCCUUUCCUACAAAUCGCAAUCACUUCCUACAGCCCCCCUGCUGCCCCCCUUCUCUCUUUAGCAUAUUUGAUGACUUUGAUUCCAGGCUGCAGCCUUUUAUUAGAGGUCUUAUUCUGCAUGAAGGAUGUCCAGCAGUCUGUGAACUGCUCCCUCUCUCCGCUGCCCUGUUAUUGUUGUUAUUAUUAUUAUUAUUUGCCGCUGCUGCUGCUGGAGAGUGGAGUGUGACAUGUGUGAGUGAGGCAGAGGAGGAGGAGGAGAUCAAGUGCUGCUGCUGCUGGAGAGACCCGGGAGCCUCUGGCUGUGACAGUUGCAGCAGCUCUGGGGAAGCGACUCGUGUGCGACUGGGAAGCCUUCAGCCUUCUCCCAUAUCCCUAUGGCUUUUCUCCAUGGCUGAGGGUGAUCUGCCCCGGACUUGGCCCCCAGCGCUCCAACAAGGGACAUCCCCGACUCUCUUGCACUUUCUCGGCCGACCCAGCACGACCCCAAGCCUGAAACGCGUCUGAAUUGAUUUCCCCCCUCGACCCCGGCUUCUUCUUCAUUUUGUUCUUAUUUCUCCCCCCGAAAUUCAUUGUGCGUCGCUUGAUCUCACAAGGCACAAGAAAGGAGGGACAAAGGGUUCCCAAUAGAUAUGGCAAUGGUAGUGGGUGCGUGGCGAGAUCCUCAGGACGAUCUGAAUGGGAGUCAGACGACACAAGCACCUCCAGGGCAAGGGCCAAACGGGGCCCCGCACACCCCGCAGACCCCGGGCCAAGGAGUUCCCUCUACGACCCCAGCCCAGUCCAACCCGUCCAGCCAAUCUAACCAGAGCCAAGGGGAGAAGCAGCAGCCGCAGCACAUCGAGUGCGUGGUGUGCGGGGACAAGUCCAGCGGGAAACAUUACGGACAGUUCACGUGCGAGGGCUGCAAGAGCUUCUUCAAGCGAAGUGUUCGGCGAAAUCUCUCUUACACGUGUCGUGCCAACAGGAACUGUCCUAUAGACCAGCAUCACCGCAAUCAGUGUCAGUACUGUCGCCUCAAAAAAUGCCUCAAAGUCGGCAUGAGACGGGAAGUCUCUUCUUUAUUUACCACAGCCGUACAGAGGGGCAGAAUGCCACCCACACAGCCUACACAUGGCCAAUUCGCCUUGACAAAUGGAGAUCCUCUCAACUGCCAUUCCUACCUAUCCGGAUAUAUCUCUUUACUCCUGAGGGCAGAACCCUACCCGACCUCUAGAUUUGGCAGCCAGUGCAUGCAACCCAACAACAUCAUGGGCAUCGAGAACAUUUGUGAGCUGGCAGCCAGGAUGCUGUUCAGUGCAGUGGAGUGGGCAAGGAAUAUCCCCUUCUUCCCAGACCUGCAGAUCACAGACCAGGUGGCAUUGCUCAGGCUGACCUGGAGUGAGUUGUUUGUCCUCAACGCUGCCCAAUGUUCCAUGCCCCUCCACGUGGCCCCUUUACUGGCCGCUGCUGGCCUUCAUGCUUCUCCCAUGUCUGCGGACAGAGUGGUGGCCUUUAUGGAUCACAUACGAAUCUUCCAAGAGCAGGUCGAGAAACUGAAGGCUUUGCACGUUGACUCUGCAGAAUACAGCUGCCUCAAGGCCAUAGUCCUCUUCACUUCAGAUGCCUGUGGUCUGUCUGAUGUGGCACAUGUGGAAAGUUUGCAAGAAAAGUCCCAAUGUGCUUUGGAAGAAUAUGUUAGAAGCCAGUACCCAAACCAACCAACAAGAUUUGGGAAAUUGUUACUUCGACUGCCCUCCCUCCGCACUGUCUCCUCCUCUGUCAUAGAGCAGUUGUUUUUCGUCCGGUUGGUAGGUAAAACCCCUAUAGAGACCCUAAUUAGAGAUAUGUUACUCUCUGGAAGCAGUUUCAAUUGGCCCUAUAUGUCCAUACAAUAAAACAUUAAGCAAUGAAAGGGAAAUAAAGAAGGGCAAAACAAAAAAAAGAUUAAGACAAGAGACUGGUGGUCUGGUUGCAUAAAACCCCCCUCUGCUAAGAAAGGAUAAAAAAAAGCUGUUACACGUUUACUUUAAAGAAGAGAGGGAAGAAUUUAUUGGACUGUGAAUUUAAAAAAAAAAAAAGACUAUCAAUGAACUCUUAUAAAAAUGCAUUUAAACACGUGUCGUUGAGAACAACUUGCUACUUAUCUUUUUUUUUUUGUAAAAAAAGAGACAAAAAAACUCAAAAAACAAAACAGGAAACUAGUCAUUUUUUGUAACCUUUUAAGUAUCGCUAAAAGUGCAUUUAAGGAAAAAGUGGACACAAUCAGCAGAAAUGGGAAAGCAAGAUUUGUUUUUUUUCCCACCCCAAAAUUUAUUAAUUGUCCUGUGUCUAUGAUGUACCUAUAACAUAUUUUCUUUUUGUACUUUUCUGGUUCCAAACCAGUGUAUUCUGUGGUUCUAUAAUAUUUUUGAUAUAUUCUUGGCUUGAAAAAAAAAGAAACGGUAUCCUUAAAGAAAAAUGAAACGUUCUCCAGGAAUUAAAACAAUGUCCACACAAAUAUCAUAGGAAAAAAAUGGAAUUUAAAUAAACAAGCAAAAUCAGGUUGGAUGCGCACUAAUGAGCCUAAAUUAAGUAUUGACUUGUAAUUAUUUCCCUGCCUGAACCACACAGCUUACUUCAUUACCCAAAACAGAUAUUUUUUAUUUUCUGUUGAAUUUUUCUAAAAAAAAAAUAAAAAAAAUAACUGCUUUGUGGGUUUGAAGUGGAAGGAGCUGUCGUGUUACACACACUGCAAUGUAGUCCAAAUGCAUUUUUGUCCACGCAGUAUUCUCAAUCUGAAGUUCUUCUACCUGUUUGUAUAUUUGCAAUCCCUUUGUAUUAUAAUUGUUGAUAUUUGCCCAUUUUCUUUUUUUAAAGAGACGGAAAAAAAAAAAUUGACAAUUCAGAUCAGCAUGACAAAUAACACUGUUGGCACUUAUAGAUAAUGUGAUUGGUUCGGUAUUUAGAGUUUACAGCUUUGUGUUAAAACUGAAGGGUUAUUUUUUUAUUUUAAGUGCAACUUUUUGUUUCUGUAUACUGUAAAAGUUAUAACUGAACUGUUUGGUCAAGUCUUUGUGUGUUAUAUUCCAAGGAAAUUGAAAGUAUUCAGAAAUUAAAAUAUUAUUUGAUAUUUGAAAACUGGCUGUCACAAGUGUCUUUCAACCCCCCCCCCCCCAAAUAAAACAACAAAAUAACCAUUCCAAUGAUGAGAUUUAUGACCUUAGUACUGAUAGACAUAUUUACCCAAUGCAGUCCUUGGCAUACUUGGAUCUGGUAUUAUCAGUCUGCCUGGUGCUGUAAGGGUUAAUCAUAGAACCCACCUCUGUCACAAGGUGUAGCAGUGUAUUUGCAUGCUUAAUUGGGUUGGAAAAUGUAAAAAUCAAUGAUUUAUCUUCAGUUUCACCAGUGCUGUACAAUAUUGCCAACAACUUGUAUCCUUAUCCCAUAUUUAAUUGAAGAUAGGGGUUUUUCUAAGGGAAAAAAAUUCCUGAUUAGCUAUGAAAAAUAGAUUGUUACUUUAGCAUCUAUUUUACAAUUGUAAAACAGAAUAUAUAUCUGGUGUGCCUAUACAAGCCAGGGGCAUACACACAUAUAUUCAGCCCAGCUGCUUUUACUGUGGUUUCAGGAAUAAAUUGUGAUUCCAAAUAUCAUUUAUCAUUGCUAUUGAGUGAAGUGUAAACAUCAAUUGGCUUAGCCUUAAGGUUAUAUAAAAUACACACAGCAACCUGAAUUUAAUUCGAAUUUAACUGGUGGUAGUGCAAGCAAGCUACAAUUAAAAUAGAGUGGUGGUAUGUGUGUGUGUGUAUAUAUAUAUAUAUAUAUAUAUAUAUAUAUAUAUAUAUAUAUAUAUAUAUAUAUAUAUAUAUAUAUAUAUAUAUAUAUAUAUAUAUAUAUAUAUAUAUAUAUAUAUAUAUAUAAUUCAUUAAACAUCUGCAUAAAUUCAUAACAGGCAAUUAAAACAUGCACUGGGCCAUAUAAUUAUAAAAUAUAUAGAAGUAUAUCUUAAACACAAAACUACAACAGCAGAGAACUGGUUUGGAUAAUAUAUAUUUUUUUUAUCCUCGUAAAUUAAAAUUUAGGCAGAUUUCUGUGCUAUGAACGCCUGUAAUUGAUUUAAGACUUAUUCAGCCACAGUUCAAUGUGGUUUUAUUUUUAACCAAAACGAUCUACGUUUUAGUCAGAGAAAAAAAAAGAAAAGUUCACUUUUAAUUUAUUUAAAAUACAGGUCUGGACCAGGAAAAAUGAUGUGACCUAAUGAAAAUGGAUAUGAUAAUGUAUGUUUGUAUGUGUAUAUGUGUGUGUGUUUGUAGACAUACAUGUAUACAUACAGAGCACAUAUAUAUAUAUCUGGAGAAGGAUGUGUUGAGCAAGAUGACAAUUGCAGAGUAGUGCUGACCUCUAGGUUUAAAAAAUUUCCAUUGCAAGUCAUUUGUGAGUGUAUGAAGUUUUGUAUAAAAUAGAUACAAGAAAAAAAUGGAGAAAAAAACCCCCACAGGAUCUCUUGUUUGUUUUGUGUUAGCUUGUUGUAAACAUGUGUUGUAAAUUGUCAUUGGUAUUAAAUUAUAAUUUAUGAUUUUGAAAAUCAAAA